AUGUCCGCUCAUGAGCUGACACAUAUAGAUGGAGGACGUCGCGCUCGCGAUGACGGCUACUCGUCGGUUACAGCUGGCUCUCUCCGCCUUACUGGCGAGACUGACGAAUGUCCACAAAACUCACCGUCCCAGAUCAUCCUCAUUCGGGAGCUCGAGCCAUCAGUGAAUGAGGAGAUACUGGCAAAGGGUAUCUCAAAGCUGUUCAUCGAGGAGAAGAGCAAUAAUCCAUCUCCCAAAAAAGAUACACCAAAUAAGCUCAAGUCGACGGCCCCGACGGCAAAUACAGCAAACCUUGGCGCCCGGCCGGGUUCUCUUCGCCGGGUGUACCUCAUGCGAGACCGCAAGACUAAUGAGCCCAUGCGAUACGGCUUCGGCGAGUUUGCGACGCUCGAAGACGCCCAAGCAGCUGUUGCCAAAUAUCGCUUGUCGUCCAAAUUUACUAUCUCCUCGAAGCCUGUGCACGUAGCCUUCAUCCAUACUGGUGUUUUUGUACCAGCCAGAGCGUCAGCCAAGUCAGACUCGAACCGAUCUGUUUUCAGUCCGACAUAUAAUCCGGAAAUCUUCCUCAAAUACUGGGACGACCGUGUCUACCCCAGCAUCCUCACCGUCUCUACUGAGCCACUCGAUACUGAGAAACCUCCUACUCCAGAGAACACUACCGCCGAUGCGGAUGAUGGCUCCAUCAGGAAGACGAAGAAAGCAAAGGCAGCCUCGACAACAAAAGUCGCGCUUGCAAUGAACCCUCAGAUGCAAAUGUGGGCCAAGAAGCGGGCCGAGCUUGUUGGAGAGUCUCGCAAUGGCAGGGCCGAGGCUGGCGAUAUCAUGGCCGAUGUACCAAGCAUCAUCGAGCCAUCUCGCUCAAAGAAAGUCAAGGACCGCCCGACUGCUUCCUACGUGUCUUACGCAGAUACAGACGCCUUGACAUGCAUGCUGUGCAUGAGAACGUUCAAAUCUGAAGUCGAGCUGAGAGAUCAUGAGGUCCUCAAUGAAGAUCACGUGGCAAAUGCUACAGUUGAUGAGAAAUGCAGUACAGCUAUCCAGCGACUUGAGUCUACCGGCAAGACAACAGAGGAAAUCAUCAGGCGCAAACCUCGAGACUCGUCUACACCCGCGCCGAUAUACACAUCAUAUGCUGACAAGGAGAGCCUCAACUGUCUAAUAUGUCAGCGAAAGUUCCCAAAUGCAUCUAUCUUGUCUCUGCAUGAGCGAGAGAGCGAGAUGCACCGCAAGAACAUGCUCAAGCAUUCAAAUAUCGACCGUGCCGUGUCUCAGCUGGCGAGCAUGGGCCAGAAACCCAUCAAGAUGGUCCCGACGAAGACGGGCGGCGAUCAAGGCAAGCAGUACCGUGAUCGUGCUAAAGAACGCCGCCAAGCAUACAGUCAGCCCAAGAAGCCCACCGCAGCAAGAAGCGAGUCCCGUAAGGAGGUGCCCAAAGUUGCGGAGGUUCAGGAAGCUCCCAAACCGGCGGCUCCCUCGAAGGGUGCAGCACUGCUUGGCAAGAUGGGCUGGACCGCGGGAGAGGGUCUUGGUGCGACCGGUGCGGGACGUACUGAGGCUAUUUCGACGGACGUCUACGCCCCGGGAGUUGGUUUGGGUGCCGAGGGAGGCAAGCUGGGCGAUGCGGCUGCUGAAGCCGCGCGCAAGACCGAGAACAAGUAUUCGGACUUCGUCCAGCAGACAAAGGACAAGGCACGCGAGCGUUACGAGAGGCUUGGUUGA